CCAGUCUGGUUCUCAUUCGUAUGCAGGGCUGCAGACCAGUCCAGGGGAAAAGCAGUUUUGUUCUGACGGCCAUCAGAGGUCAUAGAAAUAUUUGUGCUGGAACACUUUAGCUGGAUUUUUGUUGCAACAAAAAGUAUUCACAAUGGGUGUGUGGACAAGAAUUAUAAUCGUUUUACAGUUCAUUUUACAGUUCCUUGUAACAGUGAAGGCUCAAGGAAUUGUUUAUGAUCUCCUGGUGUCACCGGAUUGCUUACCUGAGCUUUUGCAAGGAGGAAUACAAGCAAAGAACAUGGACAGCGUUUUUAUUCUCGCAACCCUAAAGCUGCAGAACAGAGCUCCAACACGGGUCUUCCGCAUCUUUAAUGCUGCAGAUAACACUGACUAUUUUGACUUCAGUGUUCAGGAAAAACACAACAGAGUCACAAUGAAAUAUCUGAAAAGCAAUGGAAAGCUGGGAUCAACCAAUUUCGCUAAAGUGUCACUGGCGGAUGGACAACAACACCACAUAUUGAUCCACUUCAGUGGACUGCAGCAGGGUACCCCCUCCAUGGCACUCUAUGUGGACUGCAAACUAGUGGAGAGAGUGCAGGAUGUGCCGUUGGCCUUUAAAACACUGCCCCCAGGCCCAAAACGAGUGACACUAAAGACCUUGCCAACCUCAGCCCAGGAUAAGCUGUCAGACCUCAAACUUGUGCUCGAUGAGUCUAUUGAAAAUGUUGUGGAACUUCAGGACUGUAACACCCCGGAGACGAUUGCACAGAAUGAACAGAUAAAAUACAAAGAUCACCGGGAACAGAGGGAAUCAUUGCAGUUACUUGGAACAACCUCAAAGAGGGAAGCUGGUCCAAUGUUUGAGCUUAUGCAGAUGAUCCAAGAGCUGAAAGUGAAGGUUGAUCAGCAGAUCAAAGAGACCACUGACCUGAAAAAGACUAUCUUGGAGUGUGUUCCAUGCAAUGAUUCAAUAGGUAAGGGCAAAGCAGUAGGACUACAGAAUAAACAAGGGUCCAAGUGUGGACCAGGAGUCUGUUUUAAGCCAGGCAUGUGUACUGAAACAGCUGAUGGCGUGGAGUGUGCACCCUGUCCUGAGGGCUACACUGGAAAUGGAGUCCAGUGUGAUGAUGUUGACGAGUGCCGAUUCAACCCAUGUUUCUCUGGUGUUCGGUGUAUUAACACUGCACCAGGGUUCAGAUGUGAGAGGUGUCCUCGAGGGUUCACUGGUCCAGAGAUCCAGGGCGUGGGCGUUGACUAUGCUAAGUCAAACAAGCAAAUCUGUAAAGAUAUUGAUGAGUGCCAGGUCGAUAAUGGUGGUUGCACACCCAAUUCAUACUGCCAUAACACUGUGGGUGCAUUCCACUGUGGGAACUGCAAGACUGGAUUCAUGGGUGAUCAGAGAAGUGGCUGCAAAAGAAUUGGCCCAGGACCUGCUCCUGAAACUGACAGGCUGUGUGCUAACGGGCUGCCAAAUCCUUGUGACAUCAAUGCAGAAUGUGUGGUGGAAAGAGACGGGAGUGUAAGCUGUGUGUGCGCCAUUGGCUGGGCAGGAAACGGCUACGUCUGUGGAAAGGACACGGACAUUGAUGCCUAUCCAGAUAGCAGACUUCAAUGCAGAGAUGCAAUCUGCAAGAAGGAUAACUGUGUAUUUGUUCCCAACUCGGGCCAAGAAGAUGCUGACAGAGAUGGGAAAGGAGAUGCUUGUGAUGAGGAUGCAGAUAAUGAUGGCAUCGUCAAUAAUCAGGACAACUGCUGGUUGACACCUAACAUAAACCAGAAAAACAGUGAUAAAGAUCUCCAUGGUGACGCUUGUGAUAACUGCAUACAUGUAGAGAACCCAGACCAGCGUGACACAGACAAGGAUGGACUGGGAGAUGCCUGUGAUGAUGACAUUGAUGGAGAUGGUUUGAAGAACAUUCUGGAUAACUGCCAGAAAGUUCCCAACCCUGACCAGAAGGACAAAGAUAAUGAUGGUGUGGGUGAUGCAUGUGACAGCUGCCCUGAGGUCGCAAACCCCAACCAGUCUGAUGUUGAUGAUGAUCUUGUGGGAGACACUUGUGACACAAACACUGACAGUGAUGGAGAUGGUCACCAGAACUCCAAAGACAACUGCCCCAAUGACAUUAACAGCUCUCAGUUAGACACUGAUAAGGACGGGCUUGGGGACGAGUGUGAUGAUGACGAUGAUAACGAUGGCAUCUUGGAUGAUAACGAUAACUGUAGACUGGUGUUUAACAUAGACCAGAAGGAUGAAAACAAUGAUGGGGUGGGUGACGCCUGCACUGGAGACUUUGACAAAGAUCACGUGAUUGACAGGAUUGACACAUGUCCUGAGAAUGCAGAGGUCACUCUGACAGACUUCAGGGCCUAUCAGACUGUGGUUCUGGAUCCAGAGGGCGAUGCUCAGAUUGACCCCAACUGGGUUGUUCUUAAUCAGGGUAUGGAGAUCGUCCAAACCAUGAACAGUGACCCAGGACUUGCUGUUGGAUACACAGCAUUCAGUGGUGUGGACUUUGAGGGCACCUUCCAUGUGAAUACAGUGACUGAUGAUGACUACGCAGGCUUCAUCUUUGGUUACCAGGAUUCCUCCAGCUUCUAUGUGGUGAUGUGGAAGCAGACAGAGCAGACAUACUGGCAGGCGGUACCCUUUAGAGCCGUGGCUGAGCCUGGCAUUCAACUUAAGGCUGUUAAAUCUAAAACAGGUCCAGGGGAGUUCCUGAGGAAUUCUCUGUGGCACACUGGAGACACAAAUGACCAGGUGCGUUUGCUGUGGAAAGACCCUCGUAAUGUGGGCUGGAAGGACAAGGUGUCCUACCGCUGGAAUCUGAAGCACAGGCCUCAGGAGGGAUACAUCAGAGUAAAGUUCUAUGAAGGUUCUGAAUUGGUAGCGGACUCUGGGGUUGUUAUUGACACCAGUAUGAGAGGCGGCCGUCUCGGGGUGUUCUGCUUCUCACAGGAAAACAUAAUCUGGUCCAACCUGAGAUAUCGCUGUAAUGAUACAAUCCCUGAAGACUUUAAUGAGCAUAGAGCCCGGCUGUAAAGAAACCAAGAAGAAACAAGAGCAAAUAUGUACAAACACAUUUAAAUGUUGUCAUUCCAGCUAAAAAUUGCUGAGCAACUCUGAUGUUUUGGGUACCCUUAUCCCCUUAAAACCUGGAACAUUUACUGACAUUUGCAUUCUAGAUCGAAUAUAGUUUUAUAGCUGCUGUAUUUACUCCUUUCGCACUCCUGCAGUAAGCAAAAUAGGGUAACACUCAUUUGCAGUGUAAAUAUGUUUUAUUAGAUAAGUGAUGAUAGGCGGGAUAGAGUGAGUUUUAGUAGUGCUGUUUUCUUUGAAAUGCACUUCAACAAAUUAAACAUUACAUACACAUAAACAUCCAAUAAAAUCUAAUUUUUCAGGAGGAAAAUAAUCAUACUGUACACAAUUUUAUUAAUUUGCCAUUUAUUUUAUUUAAAGAACCGGCAAUACCAAUAAAAACACUCAAAAGAAUGCAUGUUUGAU